AUGUCGCACUUGGAACAGAUUGAAUCAAUCACCGGGUAUCGUUUUCGAAAUGAAAAUUGUUUACUCGAAGCUCUCAAAGCGGCGGGAGCCGAUGAAAGAAAUCAUGAUGGAAACCGUCCUCUUGCGCAAGUAGGUAAAGCCUUUGUUGAACUAUGCUCCGUAAAGUUCGGCUAUCUUUCUCGCACGGAGCGAAGCAUGAAUACAAUGAUGAAAAUAAAGAAUAUUGACAACAAUCGAUGUGCACUCCUUGCCAAGUCUAUCGGUAUUGAUCAACUCGUGACGUAUUGUCCUUUGCCAGGAAGUCGAUCGGCCAAAGUCUUGGGGAUAGCUGUCAACGCACUGAUAGGAGCGAUAUAUGUUGACUCGGAAAGUGAAGAUCUUACAGUCAGUGCCCUACAUAGCAUGGGGUGGUUUCGCUUUUCCCUUGAAGAGAAUUCUAGUUCCAAUACGGUGAACAGUCAGUGCGGGUCAAUGGGGGUCCCAGCCGAGUCGCAGGCCUCGAACGAUCUAGCAGGCCAGGUUCCUAUACACGCUAUGGUCCGACAACAAACAACAAAACAAAAAGAUAACACUUUAUUUACUACCUUUUUGAAGUUGGAGAUGGAACGAUGCGCAUUGCACCAGAUACCUUCUCCCCAGGAGACCUAUUUCAAUGCGAGAUUGCAAAAUGAGCUAUCGGAGCUCCAGGCCAGGAAUCCGACUUUCAGCCACGAUCUAGGUAUGCUGUUUCUUACCUUUGCAGGCCCCCAGUCAGUGGCUGGCUUGCAAGCAAAUCUGCAUGGUGCUCUAGCGGCAGUGAAGCCACCAGAUGAGAUAUACCACAUUCGAGCUUCCAUCGAACAACGAUUCAACAUAAUUCGAACUCUGGACGAACUCGCAUGUCAUUUUGACAUUUUGAAAAACUAUCAUAUCUGGAAGCUGCAUGUGCAUUGCACGGAACAAGGAGAGGACAGCAGGUUUUGCAUAGCAUAUGGAGACCCAGAAUACAGGAAGCGACCCGGGAAUCCGGUAAACUUGAAGGAAUCAGAUACGACCAAGAAAAUGAUUGAUAUCAUUUGCCCCGAAACAGAGCCUACCUCAGCAUACUACCGGGUAUUUUAUGAAAAGGUGACAUGCUUACGCAGGAGGGGGAAACGACUACAGUUACUCAUAGAGACAUUUGGUCUUGGGAUUCUUGGCUUGAUGUACUGUCACAGCUUGCAGAAUUGCUCGAGUCGUACCUCAUCAGUCCUCUUGUGA